ACAUCUGCGCCUCUUAAGCUCGACACACUGUGGACACAGAAGUAUCCAUAUUCCACAGCUAUUGGUCCUCCCAGAUUCACCUGCAGUGCUCCACCCUGCUCAUCAGUAGUAGAUGAUACUCGUUGUUUCUCACUGACUGCAGUAACUAGUCGCCUGGAAAAUCAUUUAACUGCAAUGGAUCUUCUUGUGUUGCUGCUGCUGUGCACUGCUCCACUGAUCCGGGGCUACCGCUCAGGUCUGGUUAUAGACAGCUGUGAGGACAUGAAAUUCCACUACUCAGGGCUGAGCGCUCAAACGGCACCAUCACCCUUCACUGUCACUACAGAGCAAAGGCGCUACAGACUCGGAGAGGAUGUCAAAGUUGAGCUACAGGGUCCGGCCUCCACACCGUUCACUGGUUUCCUGUUGGAGGCUAUAGAAGUGGGAAGCGAGACUCCUGUGGGUUCCUUUGCCAUACCAGCAGGGGCUGCUAAACUCCUCACCUGCAGCCAAAGACCUAACUCAGCUGUGUCCCACACAUCAGGCUUUAAUAGCAGCUACAUUCAGGUGGCAUGGAGAUCAGAACCAUCCAGAGACAUCAAAGCUGUUCAGUUCCGUGCAUCCUUUGUGCAGAAUUCUACAACAUUUUGGGUUAAUGUGACGAGCCCUGUCCUGACCUUCACUAAUGGCAGAGCUGCCAGAUCUGCAGGUUCCCUCACUGGGAAUGGCAGUACACAACUUGCUCCACUUGUUAAAUCAGCUAGAUCCAUCUCUAGUGCUAACUGUGGUGUCACCAAGGUGUGCUUCAGUCACCCUGCAAGCUGUGACCCAGCAGUCAGUUCUAGCUGUUAUUUCAUGUCGGCCAUGAUGUCAUCCAAUGGUACAGCUGUCCAGUAUGAGAUGACCGGUCCUUAUGAAGGAUACAUCGCUUUUGGAUUCUCUGAUGAUCAGAGAAUGGGAAAUGAUGACAUUUAUGUUUGUGUAACAGACAGUAGUGGACAAGCUGUUGUGCAACACAUGUAUUCAACGGGACGCACAACUCCACAAGCGCGUCCUCUGGGGAAUGUUUAUAAUGUAGCAACGUCAUUGCAGAACAAUGUUAUCAGUUGUUCCUUCACUACUACAGACAUCAUUUCUAUUCAGGGGACUUCAGGUUUCAGCCAGUCCUACUACUUCAUGUUUGUCCAUGGACGUAGCAGCAAUGGACAAAUCCAAAAACAUAACACUGACUUUGUCAGCAAUACCAAGAUGGACAUUUCUGCUCCUACGGUUGCCAGUAAUAGUGGAUUUCCUGAUAUCAUCAGAGACCAUGGAUCACUGAUGCUGAUUGCCUGGAUGACCACGGGAACACUGGGAAUGAUGAUAGUGCUACUGUAGAACUGGAAUCAGAAUUGGUAAAAAUUAAUGGUCUGGUGAUCUGUCUGUUCAUUCUGGGAAACACAUUUUUGGUGGCAGUUUUGGUUGGAAUUGGGGAGAGAUAAGAGCACCAAAAGAAUUGUCUGAAGAAUUUUGUUUUGUUUUUUUUUAAUCCAAAUAUACCUGAUGGGAGACUGUGCACUGAAAAUUUGGACCCAUUGAGAUUGUUUCCUCUUUCAGUAAGGUCUUUCUUGAAGGAAUGAAACAAUUGCUGAUUCAAAAGUCAAUAAAAAAGUGAUGUUUUGAAUGCUUCCUUCUUAGUUUUAUCUUAUU